CAACAACAAUGCUGCGAAGAAGCUGUCUACUCCUUUCGAGCCUCUGCGACGUAUGGCAUCCUCUGGCUCAUUCGAUCGGGAUUUAGACGAUGCUAGAUUUCAGGCUAACAAGAGGAGUGCUUCAGUUGUACGCACCAGCUCACAAGAGAAAAUGCCACCUCCGUCUUUAUUGUUAGCGAGAGGAACGCGAUCGGUGGUGCCGC